AUGAAUGCCGUUGAUGCACAAAGUACAAAAUGUUGCUUUUCGUUAGGCUACAACGCCACACAAUCGCCACAUUUAUAUCGAGUUGAUGUAAACGCUUCCCAUGUGGACUCUCGUAAGCGUGACAACGCGUACGUUGUUAUGAUUUCGUUUCCACCGGAAUACGUAGUACAAGAUAACCCAUCGUCUCCUUAUUCAUAUGUAUCAUGUUUAAGAAAAGACGAUGGUAAUUUUACGUAUAGAUGUGAUUCAAAGGACAAAUUGACUUUUUAUGUUGAAAUGACUAUGUUAAUACCACAAAUUCCUGAAAAUAAUACUCUAUCAGCAACUGUGAACAUAUAUGGUGACCAAUGUAAUCAGCAGGAUGUCUGUCCAGAUCUUGCUGCUUUAGCUGCUUCUAUUAAUAAUGAUAAGGUGUCUCUUGGCCCAUUUGGUUCUUGGUCGAAAAUCGGUGUAGUUAUCUUUGGAUCAACUUAUCAGCAUGAAGUUUAUGAUGACCCUAAUCAAGAUCCUCCUGUGAACGAUGAUAAUUCGAAAUCGAUAAGCGAAAAAAAUUCAAAUGAUGAGUUAAACAAUGUUAAGCGAUCAGAAUUACAAAGAACAAAAAGUAGUAGGAAAAAACAAUCUGAAUUUAAUGUUUAA